UCAGCAAGAAGGAGCGCCCCAGCCGAAGCCACAACCUGUUUCUCUCCCGCGCUCAGAGCCGCUUCCCUGCCGUUCCGCACCUGCCGCCGUUUUCUCCUUCUGCCCCUUGUUCUCUUCUCCUUUCCUUCCUUCCUUCCUUCCUUCCUUCCUUCCUUCCUUCCACCCCAUUCCCCACUUCCUUGCUCUUCUGUCCAUUGCUCUCUUCAUCUCCCAUCCCUUCCUCCGCGUCUCUGGCUUUUUCCAUCCAUCCCUCCAGUCCUCCACCCCUGCCUUCCUCUUCUUCCCUUCUUUGCAAUCUCUCCCUCUCUCUCGGCCAAGCAGCCAUUCAUCUUCCGUCCGUCCCCUUUUCCUGCCCUUCAUCGACCCACAUCUCCCGUUCCCAUUUCCCUCCUUUGGGCGGUGGGUCCCCCCCUUCCCCCUCCUGCCCUCCGUUUCUCCCGCACCCCCUUGCCUUUGUGGGUCGGGGCAGUGGGGCUUCCCGCAGGGGGCACCAUGGCGCUCCUGAGCUCCCCCACCGAGACCGAGUGCCUAACCAAGCCGCUUUUCUGCCGCAAGGGGGCGCUCCGCCAGAAGGUCAUCCACGAGGUGAAGAGCCACAAGUUCACCGCCCGCUUCUUCAAACAGCCCACCUUCUGCAGCCACUGCACGGACUUCAUCUGGGGGAUUGGAAAGCAGGGACUGCAAUGUUUAGUAUGCAGCUUUGUCGUACACAAAAGAUGUCAUGAAUUUGUCACUUUUGAGUGUCCAGGAGCUGGGAAAGGACCCCAGACAGAUGAUCCCCGGAACAAGCAUAAGUUCAAAAUCCACAGCUACAGCAGUCCCACUUUCUGUGAUCACUGUGGCUCCCUCCUUUAUGGACUGGUGCACCAGGGGAUGAAAUGCACCUGCUGUGAGAUGAAUGUGCACAAACGCUGUGUCCACUGUGUGCCCAGCUUGUGUGGCGUUGACCAUACAGAACGCCGUGGACGCCUCCAACUUCACAUUGAGACGUUUGGGAGUGAUGAGAUCCGGGUGACUGUUGGAGAAGCACUGAACUUGAUCCCAAUGGAUCCCAACGGUCUGUCUGAUCCUUAUGUGAAACUCAAGCUGAUUCCUGACCCAAAGAAUCUAACAAAGCAAAAGACCAGAACAGUCAGAUCCACUCUCAAUCCUAUUUGGAAUGAAACCUUCGUUUUCACCCUGCAGCCAGGUGACAUGGACCGGCGCCUCUCCAUCGAGGUUUGGGACUGGGACCGGACAACCCGCAAUGACUUCAUGGGCGCCAUGUCCUUUGGAGUCUCUGAGCUGUUCAAGGGUCCCGUGGAAGGCUGGUACAAAUUGCUCAAUCAGGAGGAGGGCGAAUAUUAUAGUGUCCCUGUGGCUGAUGCAGAAAACUGUGGGCUGCUGCAGAAAUUUGAGGCUUGCAACUUCCCUCUGGAACUCUAUGAGAAGGUUCGCCAUGGUCCCAUCCCGUCUCCAUCUCCAAGCCCCACAGACCCCAAGCGUGGUGGAUUCUUUGGCACCAAUCGCUUCCACAUCUCGGACUUCAACUUUCUCAUGGUUCUGGGCAAAGGAAGCUUUGGCAAGGUGAUGCUGGCAGAGCGCCGUGGAACAGAUGAGCUGUAUGCCAUCAAGAUCCUAAAGAAAGAUGUGAUAAUCCAGGAUGAUGAUGUAGAAUGUACUAUGGUGGAAAAGCGGGUCUUAGCCAUGGGGGAACGUCCACAUUUCCUAACUCAGCUACACUCUACCUUUCAAACAGCGGACCGGCUGUAUUUUGUUAUGGAGUAUGUCAAUGGAGGAGACCUAAUGUAUCACAUCCAACAGGUUGGGAAAUUCAAGGAACCCCAUGCUAUGUUUUAUGCAGCUGAAAUUGCGAUUGGCCUGUUCUUUUUGCACAACAAGGGAAUUAUUUACAGGGAUUUGAAACUGGAUAACGUCAUGUUGGAUGCUGAUGGCCACAUUAAGAUCACAGAUUUUGGGAUGUGUAAAGAAAACAUUUUCCCCGGCAUCACCACCCGAACCUUUUGCGGAACACCUGACUACAUUGCUCCAGAGAUUAUAGCCUAUCAGCCCUAUGGGAAGUCGGUGGACUGGUGGUCGUUUGGUGUCCUUCUGUAUGAAAUGUUAGCUGGACAGCCACCAUUUGAUGGAGAAGAUGAGGAUGAACUCUUUCAAUCAAUUAUGGAGCACACAGUAUCCUAUCCUAAAUCUCUUUCACGAGAGGCUGUCUCCAUCUGCAAAGGAUUCUUGACCAAACAUCCACUGAAGCGCUUGGGCUCAGGGCCAGAUGGAGAACGGGAUAUUCGGGACCAUGGAUUUUUCCGCUGGAUGGACUGGGAGAAACUGGAACAGCUGGAAAUCCCCCCACCAUUCACGCCUAGGCCAUGUGGCCGGAGCGGCGAAAACUUUGACAAGUUUUUCACACGGGCACCACCAGCGCUGACACCCCCAGACCAGCUGGUCCUAGCAAGCAUUGAUCAGAGUGAAUUCCAGGGAUUCACCUACAUCAACCCUGACUUUGUGCAUCCAUCCACGUUGCGGCGAGGAAGCCUCUCCCCAACUGGCAUGCCUCUCUCUCCAACCAGCAUGCCUUUGUCCCCAACAGGAAUGCUCCCUUCCCCUACCUCCUUGGUGUGAGAAUGAUCCAUAAUGACCCAACAUCCCUGUGUUAAGCCUUGGCUGUAGGACUCUGUUCCUGAGAACACGAGUCCAAGUUGAAACCUAGUCCUAACUCUAAUCUUAAGAUCCCCAGAAAUACUUUGUUAAUUGCAUUCUCUGGUGUGUUGCUUCCCUCCUUCCUUCCCUCCAUUAGGUGCAAUCAAAUUGGUGAGGUUAAGAAUGAGAAAGCACGCACACACACACACACACGCACACACACACAAUAUACAUAUAUAUCUACAUCAAGGGAAAGAGAGUUUGAGAGGAAUAAAAGAGAUAGAAGAGGAAUUCCUCUGGUUAUAAUCAACCUUUGGAGGGUCCUGAAAUUUGACUGAGGUUGUCAUCAGACAACCUGUGUGAGGAAUUUUGUAAAAAUUGAUUAUAACUUGUAAACUUUAGCACGCUUGUAUCACAGGAGUCCAGCAUCUCUGGUCUCUGUGUCUUCUGUGAUGGUCCUUCAGAUGGUCCUUUUAGAACACUAUGUAGGGGACCAUGAUUUGACUGAAAUCAGGGAAUGAUAGAGUAGAGGGCUGUGAUUCCAAUGAGAUCCUCCUAAUUUCCCCCAGGUAGUUGGGGUACCAGAUGACUCAUCUGGUGAGAAAUGGCUAAACCAUAGGUUACCCUCCAGCUAAUUUUAUGCCAUGCAUAUUUUGUGUAAAAAUAAUUUAAAUGGCCAAAGGGUAACAGAGGGGGCUGUAUUUUGUGAGAAGGGCAUCGUAAGUGAAAUUUGAUUAGGAGCUACUUUGAUGGUAUUAUCUGCUCUGGUUCCAGGACUAUUAUAUGGCUGCACAACUUUAGAAGAUGUCCUGAUUGAUAAUGCAACAAAAUGGCAGCUGUGUAGUGAAAGGUAGCUGUGUAAUGAAAACCGAAAUCUAACUAUGAAGCAGACACUGAAUCGCUUCUCUGCCUGAGAUUUGGGCUGCAAAAGGGGAAUGCUGAGGCAUGGAUUUAUUAAAUCAGAGAACUCCACACUUAACAGAACCACCAUGAACUUGGAUAUGUAAUUAGUGGAGAAAGAGCAGUCUCAGAAUGCUGUGUUCAUUUAUACAGAAAGUGUCGGGAAGAGAACUUGCUACUACUGUAGUAUGCAAAAUAGAUAUUUCUUUACAGACUUAAAAUAUUGGGUCUCCUCCACUUGUCUUUCAGACGUGUUGAAACUGUAGUUCCAGAAGUCCCAAUUCUAGCACAUCUGCAGGAUGCCAAGUUGGAGAACCCCAUCUGAAAGGAUAACUAGUUUACAUUAAGAGAUACCGAGCUACUCCCUUGAAAUCAUUUUUAAAUCGGGAAGCUAUCAAGGAAGAAUGACUGCCUCUUCUCUCCAUUAAUUAUUGGUUCAAAUAAUUUCUGAUAUUCAUUUCAAUUAAUAUCCCUUAUCCUAUUUGCAAAUUGUAAUCUUCAGCUUCACCUCCAUGGUCCUUUUCCUAGUCUUAUCUGCUACAGUGUAAUAUUAUAAUACUUGACGUAUCUGUCUACUUAAGACCCUGAUUCCUUGCGCCUCACACAUCAUUAGUAGGUCUUCCUCCCCAAAAUCUUGUGAAAUCCUCACCAGUCCUCCUUCCCUCCCAGGCAUCACACUGUAUGUGGCACAGCCUCCAGGCCCUUUGAGUCUUAAUUUCCCCAUCAGUAACACCUUCCUCUAACAUGACUUCCCAUCACCAACUCAACAGCUGUAAAUAAAACUUUGGGAGAGAGCAGUGAUAGUGGCAAAGUUGGCAUUAGACUUGGAUAAAAUAUGUCCCUUCUUCCACAGAACAGCAUGUCCAGAUGAAAACUUUGUCUUCUCUUUCGUGCAUUAACUAUUAUAUAAUUAUGCAUUUAUUUAUAUGUACAUAAUGAAUAUGUGUACCUUCCAUGUUUCCAUCUUUCUAAAGGGACACCCAUCUCUUUUCUUCCAAGCUACACCUGACCAUCUUUUCACAGCUUUAAAACUGAGGUAUGGUAAACUGAGAUCUUGCCCUCUACUUAUUCUGAGAGCAUCACUACUGAUCAGACUGUAAACAUUCCCUCGUGAUUUUCCCGUUUACUUUUUCUGUGCAGAAAAAGCAUGCUGGUAUGUAUUUACCAGAUGACAGAACUCCACUGGAAACUAGACUUUUCCUACUGUGACCUGUGCCAGCUACUGUAUAGUCAUGAGAUGGCACCCUGAAAGUGCAAUGUUUAUUCACACUGUUGAAGUGUUUACUCAUAUGAAUUUGUGCUACAGAUGAAAGAAAACUGAAUUUGGUUGGCAGGUGGGAUGGGUAAAAGGAUGACUUAUUCUGCUGAUAGCAGAACAUAUUUAGAAAAUAUGAAAAAUUAAAAUGUUAUUCCAUCUCAUACCCAAGGAGCAGUUCCUUCCAGUUUCUUCUCUCCUUUACAUUGGUUGAAACUCUGUCGCUUUAUAGCAACCUUCUCCAUACUAGUCUACAGGUUCUAUGCUCCCAUUGCUGAUUGGGGAAGAGUAUUGUAGGCCAAUUCAGCUGAAGGCCAUCAAGUGGUAGAAGGCUGAAAUAUGCAUCCAAAUAGUCAGUUAUAGCCUGUUAGACCUUCAUGUUCUCCCUGUCUUGCAGACCAUAAAUACAGAGCAUGGAAAUCCAAUAUAUUGAGUGAGUGAGUGGAGGAGCAGGGAGAAUUCCCAAGCGUUAUGGAAUAUAUCAGUCCCAGAAUUGCAAAACAGGAGGUAUAGAUGCCAAAAUAUAGGGCUACCAGGGACACUGUUGCCUAUCUACAACUUAGGCCAAUAAUAAUAUGGGAAAGCAGAGUGAUUUGCACAAGUAUCUAAGGUAGCCCAUAGGUAGAGCAGAAGGUUGUAGAAUCCAGAGGUUCUGGUUUUAUAAAAAGUGAGCAAGUCUACAGGCUGCCAGUUUGUCCUCCUGUCCCAAACAUUUCUAUAAUUCUUUUCUCCAACCCUUACAAUGCAUAAGUCUUCCAUCAGUUUCCUGCCUCAAUUUUUUUCUCUGCUGAUUUCCCCUCCCCCCCCCAGUUUGGGAAUAAUCAGAUACCCCACGACUCAUACAUAUACCUUCUUUUUGGCUUGUGAUUCUCUGUAGCCAGUAUCAUAAUCUAAUGGACUCACCUAUGCAUUUCAAUAUAAAAGAUAUUUAUCCAA